AUGCAACGCCUAAUAAAUAUAGAAAAAAAUGUAGCAAUACGUGGCAGCCUGAGGAAAGCACAAUUGCUAGCUACUUUAUGGUUAUUGGCUACAUCUGAUUCCUACAGAUCUGUAGGAAUAAAAUUUGAUUUAGCAAAGUCAUCACUCAACCAUUGUGUCAGGAGAGUGGUAAGAGCUCUAAAUUUAAUCGCAUCACAAGUUAUAUCCUGGCCAAGAGAGGAUCAUUUAUUAAGUACAAAAGCCAAAUUUCAGAAGAUUUCCAAAUUGACUAAUGUUGUUGGAGCCAUAGAUGGUACACAUAUUGAAAUACCUGCUCCAGAAGUUGAUUCAGAGUUUUACAAUACACGUAAAUGCAGAUAUGCGAUUGUUUUACAAGCAGUAUGUGAUAUUGACUUACGAUUCAUUGAUUGUUUCACUGGAUAUCCUGUAUCGGUUGGCGAUUUGAGAGUAUUUAGGAAUAGCGACUUGUGGCAUGCUGUCAAUAGGAACAGGAAUAAUUUCUUUCCACAUGAAGAAUAUAUCAUUGGCGACAAAGCUUACCCUAUUUUAGGAUGGUGUUUGCCUCCAUAUAAAGAUAAUGGUCAUCUUACAAGGGCACAACAAAGAUUCAACCAGUGUCUUAUAAAAGGUAGACAGGUUAUUGAACGAGCUUUUUCACUAUUAAAGGGGAGAUUCCGAUGUCUGAAAUAUUUACAUAUGAGUCGAAUCGGGUAUCUAAGAUAUAAAACUUAGAAGUGAUUUAAUCUAUCUCAGUUCUAACCUAUAUCACUGAAAUACUUACUAAUUUUAUCUGUAACUAAGAUUCCACCAUUCUCUCCUCUUUCAAUUUCUUGCUGAGAAUCGAACACUAAAAAAUGUCCUUUUACAAGUAUAACAUCAUUGUUAGCUAUGAUGCUGCACUGCUUAAAAUUUUAUUUUAAUCAAGGGAAGCUAAUGUACAAUUAAGAAUAAACAGUUGAAUACUUUCA